CUUGGCUUCAAGACAAGCAAUUCCAUCCCAAUCCCUUUGCCGUCUCAUUCAAUACCCACUCUAAAUUACCCUUGACGAUGGCUGUCAUCUGGGGCCUUGAUCUCCACGAGAUUCAAUUCUACAAGUUCAAGGGGAAGCAUAUGUUCAACCGCAUAUAUCAUUUACGACGUACGAGAAUGAUUGUGUACCAAUUGGCCAUGAUCCUCUGUGUGUGCUCCGAGUCGGUGGGAACCGCGGCAUUAUCAGACUACCUCGACCAACAAAGUGAUAUACAAGGCCAACAUCCUGAAGUCAAAGUUCAUAAUAACGAUUUCAUCGGUGCCGCCUCCUAUAACAUUUUCGUCGGAAUCUCUGUCGCCACAAUCUUUGGUGCUGCGUUCUUCUUUGAUCUGUUUUGGCCGGAACGAUACGAGAGUCCGUCCGUUCGGUUGGCGUGGAGAAUUUGUGCGGUGGUUGUGUCAAUAAUGAUGCUGAGCUCGGCUCUUGUCAUGACGGUUAUCACCGCGAUGCACAGUGCGCGAAUCACGGGAACCGAUGCAGCGUCGGCCAGAAAGAUCUGGCAGGAGGCCAUGAAGAAGCCCGCUCUCACCUACCGGACCAAUCCCAAGGCUGUUGCCUCCGUAGUUCUCGCUUGGCCCGGAUGGGUUGCCACCGUUGCGAGUACCGUGGUCCUCUUCAUGUCCAAGAAACACGAUGAUCAGUUCGGCGCCAAGUCCAAAUUUGGCCGAAGCCUCGGGGAUAGAGGGAAUUUUCCAGAGACGGAGGUCAAGUCUGAUAUAAAUUAA